UAGUACUGGAAAUCUUUCAAGAGAAAUUAGAGUAAAGGCGUAUUCUUAACUUAAGACAGUAUUUUAAAUGCGCCUUUGUUAUUAUGCAGAAGAUAAUUACAUUAUUAAACUUAAAGCCUCAUUGCGUGGCUCCGAAGCGCUAGGUGUCGAUAGAAAGCAAAUGCGUGUCAAAGUUACUCAUAACAAUAUGAGGCUUCCGUAUGGUCCGAACGAACACACAAUAACGGUAAAGGUAUUAAUGUUAUUCUUUAAUCGAUUCUUGAAUACAGUGUAAACCGUUCUUGAUCAUGUAAAAGUCGUAAAGUUGAAAUCGUGGUUUGCUGAAAGAAAGCAGAGUUUUGUUCACCUAACAGUACAUCUACUGUUGAAAGUACCAUGGAGCACAGAAAAAUCGCCUAUUUUGAACAAGUACGAAACAGUUGAACGUCACAUUAUAACGUCAUAACAACUGAAGUAUUUUCUGUUAUUCGAUGUGCACCAACAACCCGUGACGGAAAAUGUCAGUGGGUAAAGGCGCGGACGCAGAGCUGCGCAUAAGCAGCGAGGAGCAGACGGCUGCAUCAGCUACUGCAGGUGGUGUGCCUGCAGGCUGGAGGAGAGAGAUGAAAGAGAGACAGAGAGGCAGGACAGCCGGAAAAGUCGAUGUCUACAUCAUCAGUCCUGAGGGCAGGAGCUUCAGAUCCAAGACUCAACUCCACAAUUAUCUGCUCUCAGAAAAAGACAUCAACCUGCAGCUUAGUGACUUUGACUUCACAGCAUCCAGUGACCAAAGGAGAGUGACUCAAGCUAAACAAAACGGCAAACAGAAAAAGGAAAGAAAACAGGAAAUAAAGUCCAGCAUUUUAGUAGAUUCUUCUCUUAGUAUUAGCAUGACAGGACAUGGAGAAGAAAUGGAUGGUCAGGAAGUGGUUGGAGAAAAAAAUGGCCUGAAAGUAAAUAAUUCAGAUCAAACCCAAGAUAAACAUACAGUGACUUUUGAAGCAAGCCUGCCAUCUGUUUCGAAGAGUCAAGAACAGUGUCCUUUAGAGAAUACAGAGGAAAGUGACGAGACAUUUGAAGGAGAUAAAGAGAUGACUUCAGGAUACAUGGAAUCUGAGACAUCUUUUAGAAACACAGAAAACAGGUUAAAUGUAUUGGUGGAGAAACGGAAAACUAGUCCAUACUUCAGUGGAAGGAAUGAUGAUCUAAGUCCGCCAAAGCGUAAAGCCUUCAGGAAGUGGACCCCACCACACUCACCGUACAACCUUGUUCAGGAGAUCCUGUUUCAUGACCCAUGGAAGCUUUUAGUGGCCACAAUAUUCCUCAACAAGACCAGCGGGAAGAUGGCAAUUCCUACACUGUGGCAGUUUUUUGAACGGUACCCAAGCGCAGAGGUGACUCGAGCAGCUGACUGGAGGGAGCUGUCUGACUUGAUGCAGCCUCUGGGUCUCAGUAAACUCAGAGCAAAAACACUCAUCCGAUUUUCCGAUGAAUAUCUAAAUAAAGCAUGGCGGUAUCCUAUUGAGCUACACGGCAUUGGAAAAUACGGCAACGACUCUUACCGUAUCUUCUGUGUGGAGGAGUGGAAAGAGGUUACUCCACAUGAUCAUAAGCUUAAUGACUAUCACACAUGGUUGUGGGAAAACCAGGAAAGAUUAGGGAUCUGAUUUCAGUGAUACUGAAAUGUACUUUAAUAAACCCAUCAUGACGAGCA